AUGAAGUCGUUACUCGGGAGUCUGAAUUACUACCGCAGGUUUAUGGAUAAUUAUGCUAUAUUUGUGUCGGUCUUAUAUGAGCUGAAAGAGGUGGACUUCCACGAGUGGCGACAGAAGUGUAAAGAUGGUCACCACUCAGUGACUACGGGUGAAGUCGAAGAGAAAUGGUCUCGAGUUCAAGUGGCUUUCGCUUUGCUCAAGAAAAAGAUUACUGCAGCGCCUAUUUUGCGGCAUUCGGACCCAUCGAAAGAAGCGGUGAUUAAUGUCUAUUUGAGCGAAUGGGUCAUCUCAGCUUCUUUGGUGCAGGACAAUGAAGGCUUAAUUACGCCAGUGACCUUCACGAGCCGGACACCAAAGCCAACGAGUCUAACUACAAUACCGUGGAGAAAGAGGUGUUAA